AUUCCUUGUAAAAUGGUCGUUUUAUUUCUAGUCUUUUUUAAUAAUUUAUUUGAAUUUUAUUAAUAAAAACAUUAAAAUUUGUGACAAACAUGACUCAAAAAGAGGUAACGAUGGAGGAGUUGGAGGAAACGGUGAAAUGCACAGACCAACAAUUGGACCUGAUGGAGUGGAAAAUGGAUGCUGUAGAGAAGCAACUUGCUGAACCAGUCGACAACCAGGAAGUCUGUGUUAUGAAUUUGCUCAAAUCAGUAUCUGAGGUUCGUUCAGAGUAUCAGCAGCUGCGGCGUGAGCUGGUGGAGGUGCAGGCGCUGCAGCGCGAGCUGUCAUCGCGACUGCGCGCGCAGCUGCGCCUAGUGCACGGCAAGUUUGCACGACUGCGGCAGCGCAUCGCCGCUGCGGACCCGACACGCUAGCCACGGGCAAUACCGGUGCCUAUAAAAUGCCUGUCUUCUCUAGUUUUCAUCCUUUGUUCACGUGAUUUUGUCUCCUCGGUACCUGCUGCGUAUCCAUAGCAACGCUCGUUGCCAUGGUAACGCUUGUUUAUUAACGAUAUGUUUGUGGCGGUUGUUAUAGGUCGCGUCUCUCGCAACAUGUAAUUCGAAAUUGUAAGCCAUUAAAUUUGAAUAUUACUAUACUAGCUGUAUACGUACA